AGCAUCAUACCACAACGAAUCUCCAUCUCCGACCUCAUCAAAGACAGUGCCUUUCUCCUUCUCGAUCGAGCGAGCCAGAGAUUUCUCCAAUCUUCUCGCCCCCAAACCCUUGCCCUCGAUCCUCUCGAAUUCCACUCUCUGCGGCGACGUCUUCCCCUCCCCUCCAUCGAUUGGAUCCCAUCUAUCUCCCGGUGCUGCAGCUGUUGUCGAUCGCCGUGCGUAUCCCGUGUCCUGGUUGUUGUUCCAUUGUGGAUCGAGGCUUGAUCUCGUGCUUGGUUCUGAGAAUUUUCCGGGGAAAUGGCGGCGCGGCCGCCCUUGGCUCCAGGGAUGGAGGCUUUCGACGCGUUCUUUAGGAGAGCUGAUUUGGAUCAGGAUGGCCGGAUCAGUGGUGCGGAGGCUGUUGCCUUCUUCAAGGGAUCUAAUUUGCCCCAGCAAGUUCUGGCUCAGAUUUGGACUUAUGCAGACCAGAAGCAAAGUGGUUUUCUUGGGCGACCUGAGUUUUAUAAUGCACUGAGACUUGUCACAGUGGCACAAAAAGGGCGAGAGUUAACACCGGAUAUUGUUAAGGCAGCAUUAUAUGGUCCAGCUGCAGCUAAAAUCCCAGCUCCUCAGAUAAAUCCAGUGACUAGUCCUGCUACUCAGAUGAAUUCUGUGCCUGCCCCAACAUCCCAAGUAAACUCAAUGUUGCCCACUUCAAAUCAGAUGGGCAUUACGAGGCCACCUGUAUCUCCUAACCUUGGCUUUAGACCACCACAGACGCCUCCAAACCUUGGUUUAAAUCAGCAGAAUUUUCCUGCUCAGGGCAUCAAUGCUGCCAGGCCACCUCCAGCACCAAAUGCUGCGGCUUUGCUUCCAGCACAGGGAGUAGGCCAAGGGUUGCCUGGGACAGUUAAUGUGGGUGGACCAAGGCUUCCAACCUCAAACACCAUGAACAUCUCGACCGAUUGGAUGGGAGGAAGGAGCAGUGGAUCCUCAACGCCAUUAACCUCGCAAGUCUCCAACAGAGGCAUUAGUCCCUCAACAAAUAUUGAUGGAUUUAGUUUUGCACUACCAGGGUCUUCAUCAGGAGUGGCUACUUCAACACAGACACCUUCGGCAUUAACAUCAUCAGUACCAUCAAAACAGCAGUAUCCAGCUUCAUCAGCACAGCCAACUGAGAAGGAUGCAAAAGCUUUGGUUGUAUCUGGCAAUGGCUUUUCAUCAGAUCCAGUCUUUGGUGGGGACAUGUUUUCCGCCGCUCCUCAGGCAAAGCCCGAAAAUUCUGUGGCCAACUUUUCUAUGAACAACCUAUCUAAUCCACCCACUUCAUCUGGAGCCCAAACUUCUGUUAUGCCAGGGCGCUUUAAUUCUGCACAGAAUGUACCAUCACCCUCAAUGGGUGUUAGUCCUGUGCAAGCAGUUCAAACCUUUGCUAAGCAAACUCAGCAAACUAUAACUCCAAACACCACAGCUUCUACAAUUUCUAACAUUUCAACUGGGCCUGUCAGCUCUGCAUCAGUUCAAUCGCAGUCUCCAUGGCCAAGGAUCAGUCAAUCUGAUAUUCAGAAGUAUACUGCUGUAUUUGUUAAGGUGGAUAGGGAUAGAGAUGGAAAAAUUACAGGCGAAGAAGCUCGCAACCUGUUCCUGAGUUGGCGUCUUCCAAGAGAGGUCUUGAAGCAGGUUUGGGACUUAUCCGACCAAGACAAUGAUAGCAUGCUUUCUCUGAAGGAGUUCUGUACUGCCCUGUAUUUAAUGGAAAAGUAUCGCGAAGGGCGCCCUCUCCCUGCUGUGCUUCCAAAUGAACUUAGGCUUGAUGGAACCUUGCCAAUUGCCACUGGUCAACCUUCGGCUGCAUAUGCUGGUUCAACCUGGCAACCUGCUUCUGUAGGUUUGCCACAGCAAGGGAUAUCUGCUGGACGCCCUCCUAUUGUUCCUACCACUGGCAGGACUGCAACUUCGCAGGCAAAAGGCCGUUUGCAGGCUGAUGGUGAUGCAGAGCCAGUUCAGCAAAAAUCAAAAGUGCCAGUUUUGGAAACACACUUGGUGAACCAGCUCAGCAAGGAGGAGCAAGAUGCGCUGAGCUCUAAGUUACAGGAUGCAACAGAUGCAGAUAAAAAAGUUCAAGAAUUGGAAAAAGAGAUAUUGGAUGCCAAAGAAAAGUUUGAGUUUUACAGGGCCAAGAUGCAGGAACUUGUUUUUUACAAAAGUAAGUGUGACAACAGACUGAAUGAGAUCACAGAAAGGGCCGCUGCUGAUAAACGUGAGGUUGAAUCACUUGCAAAGAAAUAUGAGGAGAAGUGCAGAAAAUUGGGAGAUGUAGCUUCAAAACUGACAAUUGAGGAGGCUACAUUCCGUGACCUUCAGGAGAGGAAGCUGGAAUUGUAUAAAUCAAUAGUAAAACUUGCACAAGGUGGAACUGCUGAUGGUCAGCUUCAGGAUCAUGCAAAUCAGACCCAAUCAGAUCUUGAGGAGUUGGUGAAAACUUUGAAUGAAAGAUGCAAAGAAUAUGGACUUCGUGCGAAGCCGACUUCAUUGGUUGAACUUCCAUUUGGUUGGCAACCUGGCAUUCAAGAAGGGGCUGCUAAUUGGGAUGACGAUUGGGACAAAUUUGAAGAUGCAGAUUUUACAAUUAUCAAGGAGCUUACUGUUGAAGUUGAAAAGGUUGCUGUCUCUGCAAAACCAAAACCUGCCACAUCAAGUGAUGAAGCCCCUGUGGAUAAGGCAUCCCCUGAUGCACCAACCCCUGAAGCCGAUAGCAAGACUGAGAAGCCGUCUCAUGUCGUGGAUCAAAUAGCUGAGACUGAAGGGCCCAAUGUUCAUAGUGAAGAUGAAUCAGCAAAAAGCCCUGCUGCUAGUCCUACAAAAAGCGCUUUGGAAACUCAAUUACAAGAACAUUACUCCUCACAUUUAGGACCAAAUGACUUCUCCCCGCGGACUAAGGAAAGUCAGAGUGAUCAUGCUGGUGCUGAAUCCACCGUUUCUAGUGAAAAGUACGCAGAUGAACCCUCUUGGGGUGCAACUUUUGAUGCAGGCGAUGAUACGGACUCUGUAUGGGGCUUUAGUUCAUUCAAUACGAAGGAGGCUGAUCAUGAGAGAAACGGUCAUAGUUUCUUUGGUUACGGGGACUCCGGCCUAAAUCCAAUUAAGACUGGCUCUCCAAGCGCAGCUAGUGUUUACGGUAGGGAUAGGGGGCCAUUCUUUGACUCUGUUCCAAGCACGCCAUUGUUCAACUCAAACUCUCCGAGAUUCUCUCCAAGGUUUAAUGACGGGCCAGAUGACCAUUCUUUUGACAGCUUUAGCAGAUUUGACUCCUUCAAUAUGCAUGACAGCGGCCUUUUCCCGCCACGUGAUAAUACUCUCACAAGGUUUGAUUCUAUGCGAAGCACCACGGACAGUGGUUUCUUUCCUUCACGGGACACUUUUGCACGGUUCGACUCCUUUCGCAGCACUGCAGACAGUGGCAUUUUCCCCCAGCAUGACAGCUUUGCAAGGUUCGACUCUAUGCGAAGCUCAGCUGACCACAACCGUGGAUUUCCAUCCUUCGAUGAUGCCGAUCCCUUCGGCUCAACUGGACCAUUUAAGGCUUCCGAUAGCCAUAGCCCGAGGCGCGACUCUGAUAGUUGGAGUGCUUUCUAGUCCACUCAUAUUUUGUUCUAUGCUUCGAGAAAUUUUUACUUCUCCGAACAUGAUUCUUAUUUUCGUGUGCUAUAUAUAGUUUACAAAAUGGGGCUGGUUGUAUUUUUUUGUAUCAAGUUUCUUUAGUCCUUGUAUGCGGCAUUUUUCUUCUUUUGAUUGUGUUUGUUGGUGAUUAGCUUGCUUCAUUCUCCCAUUUGCAAAUCCAUAAUUAUAUGACCUUUUGAAACAUUCUUUACAUCUUUAUUCCUUAUGAACAUUAAUGGUUCAGGGUUU